UAAAUUAAAAUUUAUUAACCUUGAAAACUUAAUACUUGCCCAAAAUAUGCUUCAGAUAUUCGUAUAAAUGAAAAAUCAGCCAAAACUAAAAAUUCACCAUUAUUCCCUAUGGAGCCAUUGUUUUUAUUUUUACCCUGAUUUUGUUGAUGUUUUUUUUACCCCCGCUGACUAUAAAUGAUUGUUGGUCACUCAUUAUUUCAUCUUUCAGCCUUUUUUCCUAAAUGUUUAUAUUUAUAUGUAGAGAACAGUUCCUUUUUUUUUAAUUUUACUUUAAUUGAACCAACACUUGUACACUGGAUCAAAUGAUCUAGGUAUUACCAUAUAUGUAAAAAAUGGACAUCAAAUUAAACACAUUUUGAUAAACAUAGGUAUUUUUUGGAAGAUAUAUUUUACAUCCCCUGUAUUUCCAUUUGAAGCUAUAAAAUAAUAAACAACUUCUCAAGACAUUAGUUUAAAUUAUAUAGAUUGAUGUUUGUUUCUUUUGAUCAAAGUAAUGAUUUUUUUUUCUUAUGAGUUCCAAUGGUAAAUUGAAAAUAAAAACAUUUAUAUUAGUGAAGCUGUCUAUAGUGUAAAAACAGUACAAAGAUUCCGUCCUAAUUUUGUCCCUGUGAGUUAUUUAAAUUUUCUUGAUGCUUAUUCGAAUAUCAUACAAAAGCUAACAUGUUUUUAUCAAGUGAAUAAAAUUAAUUUACGUCUUGUCAAUUUUGAUAAAAGAGGGAAUAUUUAUUUUCAUGAUCCUGUCGUGAGAAUUUGUUUAUUUUUAGGUCAAUUACAUAUAAUCAUUUUUAUAUAAUAGCAUUACGUAAAAAAUAAUGGAGUUUAAUUUUGAGGAUGAUCUGUUUGAAGAGAAAAAAAGCAACGUUCGUGUGGAAAGUGAGAAGAUUUUUUAUAGACCCAAGCAAUGUACUGAUGAGUGGUUUUUGUCAGCAGACACUGUGGAACUAUUGAGUCCAGAGGAUAUCCAACAGAUAACUUUUGCAGCAAACCUGUUAUAUUAUAAAGGUAAUUACGAAGCAGCAUUGAGAAAAUAUGAAGAGAGAGUCAAAGUUUUAUCAAAUCUGAGGAAUGCGCCAAUGCUUCGUGAAAUAAAUGAAUCCAUCAUUCGCUGUUACCUAAAGCUUAAACAAUAUGACUUAGCUGAGAACAAAUUACAAAUGCUGUUGCGUGGAUAUAACAACCCUGCAGAUUCAUCAAUGUAUAAACUGGCUUAUGAUGUAUACAUUGUAAGUGGAAAACCUCAUGAGGCUGCUGUACAGCUUGUCAAAGCUAUUGACAUCAACCCUUACUAUCCUGCAUAUUGGUUGGCGUUAUUUAAUGUGUUAAAAAUACUACAUGCUAAUCAAAAGAUUUUUAGUUUUGAGGAUAUUAAGUGUUCUUUAAACCCAAACCUUCUCUGUCAUAUCUUGGUUCAAUCAAAGAUCCUGCUUACUGACUCUCUAAAGGGUCGCAAAAGUUGUGAUUCUAAUAUAAAAAACAAGACAAUGUUAAACGAGAUUGAAAGAAAUCUAGACAAGUUUACAUCGGUCUCUUCAGAGCAGAAAUUACUAUUUGAAAAGACGUGUCGGAGUGGUUACGUCAACGGAACCGAUCUAAAUCAGGAUAACAAUGAGAAAAAGAGUGGCAGUUUUUUUAAAAGAUGGUUUUAUAUAACGGACGAAUACACGAUCAAUUAACGGCUGUAUAUUUCUACUUUUCAUUUUGUUUUCAAUUUAUACUCAUUUCUAGAAGUAACUAGAAAAUAAAAUGGACGACACGAAUUACUUCGGAGGAAAUACGUUGGAUAGGUCGAGCGAAUUAAGGACGAACUUAACAAUGCUAGCAAAUAUGAUAUCCAGUGAGAAUGCUAAGUUCUUGGUUUUUAAACGUUGUAAUCCACUGGUUGAAAACAUUGGUGAGGAAUUGAA